AUGGAAACCGAAAGUACUUCCGUCAAUCUAUCAACUGUGACAACAUCCAUGACAUCGACAGAUAGUCUAUUAAGUUUUUCAACUAAUAAUGGUUUUACCGCACAACCUCAAAAUGGAACAGGAACAGAUAUAUUACUUGAUAGUUCUUUGCAAUUUGGUGCUGCUUAUGAAAGACGUGAUUCCGUCGAUUCAAAUUUCUCGUUAAGACCAAGUUUUAAACAAAAAUUUAGAGCACCACCUGUAAAAAACAUGAUUCACACAAUUGCUUAUCAACGAUUAAAUAACGCGUUAUAUGACAAAGAUCAAGCUCCAGGUUGGGCUCACGAAAUUUCCAGAGAAAUUAAACAAAAAUUGUUAGGGCUAAAACAAUACAAAUAUAUCGUUAACGUAACGAUUAUGGAAAAUAAAGCGGCUGGAGCUAGGUUAGCUAAUUCAAAUAAAAUACGAAAUGAUAUUUUGUUGCAUGUAGCCGGACUACAUGCCACUUUAAAAAUUUCUGAAUUAAAGUGUCAUGAUUUGAAAGGGUUUGAUUAG